AGUUCUCGCACAAUCCCGUGCUCUCAUGUUCUUACGGAGACGUCGACGUUCGCGAGAAGCUGUCGCAGCGGCCCGAUUAAUGCGUCCGCUUAGGAGAAACUCGCCCCAGCAGCUAUCCUCAGCAUCGAGGAAAAUUGCUCGCAUACGCUUCGUUAUUCAAGAGAAGAUCAUCUGUUCUGCGGUGGUUUGCGCCAGCCCUGCACCAACACUGGCUGUCCAGUUCUUCAACCUCUGACAAACGCUCAAGGCAUCGCCAUCGUCGUCGUCGUCGAGAACCUGAUCGCAUCAGGCACAUCACAAGCUGCGGCGCUCGGAAGAGAGAGAUGGACUGCAGGCUGCUACAUCAGCGAAUAUACUUAGAUGCGGGGCUGCUGCCUACGUUCCGUAGGAGGAAAAAUACGGAAUCUUCCGAGACAGAGCUGCGAGAGAUCGCUCUCCGCGCGUUACCCAAGCGUUUAUUUUCGUCGUCUUCGUCAAGCGCAUCCAGCGGCUCUAAUGCUUCUUGUUUACUUUCUAAGGCUUCCGCGGCCAUGUCCGGCCCUGAGCGCCAGAGGCAGCUCAGCAGCUCGAGGAUGCCAUCGUCAACGCCCGAGUUUAGUUCGCUUCCUCUUGUCCGCCGAUGUGCGCUUCAUCUGGAUGCCCUCCCUGCUGUCUAGAAAGCAUCUGUUGAAAGAGUGUCUGGUACUCGCUCAGUGCCAGCUUGCUUCGCGACAAUGCAUUUCCCAAAUUCAGGACAGACCAUCAUCCAGUUCCAUGACCAUUGUUGGAGUAGCGGCCCCAGUGUUAAAAAUACAUUAUCAUAAAGUAUGCAGCACAUCUUUCGACAUAUUGGAAUUGUGUUACACUGACACAUAAUCAGGCAAAAUUGCAAAUCACUUGGUUUUUCUUCAAACGGACAACGUGAAUCUGCUUACGAUUGAAACGCACAUUUUUUCAUUUUCAAGUAAUCACUGGUGAUAAAAAAGACUUUUAAUAGCUUUCUAAAAAAGCUAUUUGGAUUUUUAGAAACCAGCAAAAAGAUAAAACAGUAUUGAUCAUGGUGGAGAGCGCUAAUGAUGAUUACGUGCUGCAAUGGCCUGGCCAUGCAGCUUAUGUCACAGAAAGAUUUAGUAAACUUCUGACCCAGCAGACUUUGGUUGACGUUACACUUUUGUGUGAAGAACAGAAAUUGAGAGUUCACAAACUUGUGCUUGCUUCAUGCAGCCUUUAUUUUGAGGAUAUGUUGAAAGAUGCUGGCCCAGAACCAACUGUACAUCUUAGCGAUUUAAGCUUUAGUGUAUUAAAAGCCAUGAUAGAAUUCAUGUACUGUGGAGAGACCACAGUGUCCUACAUUUAUUUGCCAUCACUUCUAGAAGCAGCAAGGUUCUUUAAGGUCAAAGAGUUGGAAUCUCUUGUGGAAAAAAUGGUAGGAUUGCAUACUCCAGACCACAAUGAUAAUGAAGGGGAAUACCUAUCAAAAGAUAUGUCGGGUGCCGGCCGUGUAAAUGGACUAAUAAAUAACCAAGACGAUGGUAUUCGUGUAAGUUUUAGCAACAAACACGCUGGUAACAGCGAAUCCGCCUUCGAUGCCACUGAAAGCAGUGACAGUGAAUCUGACAGAAACUACCUCGAAGAAAAUUCCGGCAACUUGUCUGACAGUCCAAAUGAUCACUAUUUGUACGAGGAAUCUUGUAGUAUUAUUCAAGACAGGAGAGACUGUGUAAAAAGCAAAAGUGCUCCUUAUUCCUCCUUACACCGAAAUGGCCAAAUAAUCAGCGACAACGCGUUACGACAAAACCUCCGAGAAAAAUCUAUAGAAUCGGAAACCGGUUCAUCAACUCUUGACUCGGAGAACUGCGAGAAGGAUUCUGAACCGAACCUGUACGAGAGAUGCUUUGAUUUCGUGAAUAAUGGCUGUGAAAAGGACGAAGAACGCUCGCAAGUUUAUUUAUCCCCUGAAUGUACAGAUAACGAGGUCAACCAAGUAGGGCAGUGUUCCAAGGUGUACACGCACAAAAAACGCAAGGUUAACGGUGAUAACACUUCAAAGAGAUACGCACAUUUCGAAAAAGCUCUACCUCAGUCCCUAUCACCUAAUCGCAUUGAUUUAAUAGAGGAAUCUUCGAACAACGAGGCUCCUGCAGUGACUCUGCAGACGAAUUUAGACACGGAAAUUACAGAUUAUCAUCUUUUAAGCUUUAGUAGCGAAAGUAUACAAUCUAUAGUAGGUUGUUCAUUAAGCGAUUUUUGCCCUUCAAGUAGUUACGAAAUCUUGAAUACACAAACUCGCUUAGCUGCAGUAGAAGACGACAAAGAUAACGAUAGAAAGCGAGAAGAAAGGCCCCCAGAGAAGCUCAGAAGAAGCAACCGCUUGAAUCCUCAAGAAAGCGAACAAUCUUAUUCUCGAAGGUCAAAAUCGAAACUUCACGAUGAUAAGAAAAAGCAGCCAUCCUCGGAUAUAAAGUUACUCUCUAGAACAAAGCGUAAAAAUAAAGAACUAGAGCGCAGAGUUCCUACAGUUAAAGUCAUUGAUCUACCAACUCAAUCAACGAGAAGGGGACAUUCGCGACCUCUUCGCAAGGCAUCGAAAAUCGUUAGUCGAUGCAGUACGAAAAAUCAUCUGACAAAGAGCGAAAAAGAGAUUGUCAGCAGGCCAAAGACAGUAGAGAAAUUAAACAAUCCUGUGAAUUUGGAGAAAGUAGAACCCACCGACAAUCAUCACGCGAGCGAAUUUGUAAAAACGAACACGACGGCGUCAGUCAAUCGAGCGUUGUGGGGCGACAUGUCGGACAUAGCCGAGGAUGGCGAGAUCAGCGAGGAAUUCUUGGAGUACUCGCCCAGUACAGAGAUCCCGUUUGCAGUAGGUCUACUACCUCUCAGAGCGGCGUUAGAGAGAAUGCAAGCCACAGUGGAUCACCAACCUCGCAAGACAAGGUCGUCUGUAGCCACCAAGCAGGACUCGAAUAUCUUCAAACGGAAAGCUUCGCCAGCCCAUCAAGAUGUUCCUUCAACUGCCAAGAAACUAAACACCAACGAGUGUGUAGUGAAUGAAAAUGCUAGUGCAGUUUGUCAUAUUCAAAUAAGAACGUCUCCACAGUGCUCUCGACCACGAAAAAGGUCUUUAUCCGAUGGAGCCGCUAGUUUAGGACAGACUACUACUGUUAGCGGAAGGCCAUAGUUUACUUGGCCUGCUUAUUAUGUAGCCUUAGAUUUUUUGCCAGAUACGGCUGUUGUAAGUGGCAAAAAAGAGACACUUCUGAUUUAUUUUGUAAAGUUUUUUAGGGUUGAUUUUUUUUUGUUUUUUUUUUUUUAUAAAAUUAACUAGCAGUAUACGUGCAACGAUUAAUUUAUGAAAUUGUAAAAAAAUGUUCAUCCGUAGUGGUUUAAAAUUGGAUAAAAGUUUAUUUCAAAAUUUUCCGAUCUAAACGGUUUUUUUGUAAGACACUCAAUUAUUAAAUUUGUAAAAUUAUUUUGAAAUCUAAUAUCUGUUUCAACAGUAUAAAGUAGAUCAUCACAAUGAAACGUCUUACGUAACAUUUGUAUUUUUUGCUUAUCUCAGAAUAAAACCUCUUAUCGAGUCUGAACACGAUUUAAAAAAAAAAUAAGAGACAUAAUAUUUACAAUUUAUCAAACUCUUUUAACAGAAAUGAUGUUGGACGUGAUCUUAUGUGUCAAAAAUUUGCAACAUCUCAAUGUACUUAACACCAAUACUUGUAUUGAGAUAAAAUGUAAAAUUGAAAGAGUGUUAUAAUAUUGCUUUUUUAAAAAUCAGUAUUAAAAUAAUUGGUGAUAAUAUAUAUUUUUAAAUUAUCUAGAAAAAUUGAUAUUUCAAACAAUACUUGAAAAAGCAACUUUUGACAUGGACUACAAUUAAUACUGUCAGUGAUUUUAUAAAAUUUUAAUCAACGAAACAAUUACACAUAAAUAAAGAGUGCCUACUUGAUAACAGAAGGCCAUUCUACAUUUUUAAAUCAAUCUAUGUAAUUUGAAAAAAAUCUUUGAAAAGUAAUUUAAGUUGUUUUAAAGGAUUUAAUCUUUUAACAAUAACGGGCAAUCUUCGAGUUAGAAGUAAAAAAACUUGUACUGCCUUUUGAUUUUCGCAACUUUUCAAUGUUUCAAGUAAAAUUCGUUAAAUCAGUAAUGCUAGGAAGUGUAAGAAAGGUUUGAUGGAGGUCUGAUUCAGUACAAUUGCGUCAUUUUGGGUUGUUGGAGAAUCAUUGCAUCUUUGUUGAAAACACGACGCAUGCCGUUUAUGUAUGUGGUCUCAUCUUGUGAUUAUUGUAACAAGUAAGUUUGUACAAUGUAACAUACAUAUAUUUUCCCAGUGGCUGAGUUAAUGUUGAUGGUACUACUAACCAAUCACGAGUGUUACUCUUCUUUUCGCUAUAGAUUUGUUGUUAAACAUUGAUGUACAGUAAUUAUUAUUUUGUCAAAUCAUAUGUAUGUACAUUUAAAUUUAAGUGAUUAAAAUUUAUAUAUUUAGUAUUUAAGUAAGCAAGCGAACAAUGUGUGACGCUUCAGUGUACUAUAAGAUUGUUCUAUGAUUUUCAUUUUCAUUAUUAUUAUUUCUAUUUUAUUAUUUUAUUAUAUUUAUCGUUAUUCAAGUUGUCAUCAUCACAAUUUACAGAAGUACGAAGAAUGUUACAAAUAUUUUUUUAAUAAAAUUUUAUAUUGCUGUAAA